CGUCUGUUUGCGGUUUUCUGUGUAUAUCGCGUUUAAUACACUCUGCACUUCCUACUUUGUAUGAGCAAUAACUAUCAGCGCGGCAGCAGGUUUGCUGCAGGCAAGAUAACCAGUUAAAAGCCUGAUAACAGCAUUUCCACUUUUAAAUGGAAAGCAGUUGCAAUAAGUCUGUUGUGGUUUUGCUUGUUGGUUAUUUCUUAUUAAGUGAUUUUCUGUGUAUAAUUUCAACAAUGCCAGCGCCCGCCCCACCUAUGGCAGCCACCCACAACAAAAUGGGCUACAGCAUAGAAGCCAUCGAUCCUUACACCGGAAUCUUUCUGCAGCGAAUGCGCGGCGCCCGGAAACCCGUCGCCGAGCUAGGCAGUGGCUUCGGAAUCGUCACGGAGCACCUCCUGGCGGCUGGCGCCACCGUUAUCGCCAACGACCUCUCGGCGGACAACCUCCGGGAAGUGGAGCAACGAGUUCCUGUCGAACAACGCUCCCGGCUCACCCUGGUUCCCGGAGACGCCACCCAGAUGACUUUCCCGGAUAACGGACUCUCCGGGAUCAUGGCCGGACGGUGGGUACACUUCCUGACCACACCAGAAGCCUACCGCGACUUUCUGGGGAAAGCGUGGACUUGGUUGGAGCCCGGCGGGGCGCUGUGUAUCACGGUGCACACGAUGAAGGCGUGGUGUCCACCGGAAGUGAACCAGGAGUACGAGCGGAAGCGGGAUAGCGGCGUGGAAUGGCCAGGAUGGGUUAACCGGACCAUGUUGUAUGAGGGGCUGACGGGCCGCGUUCCGGAUUUGGUGUACGCCUUCCAACCGCAGGAGUUGAAGGCGUUGGUGGAAGCGGCGGGGUUUGUUGUAGACGAUAUUGGAUUAUAUGGGCUGGCGCUGCCGAAUCAUCCGUCAACGGAGGACAAUGAUCUCGCCGAAGGGAAUACGCUGGGAUUGGUGGCAAUCAAGCCCAUAGCGAAUGCCAUCACGUAAAGCAAACGAUUUCCAGUGAAGGUUACAAAGGAAAUGCCUAGUUUUAGCGCUUAUGGUGCUAACAAAUGCGCUUUUUGAAGUCGAAACGUGCAUUUUAUGCGCGUUGGAUGGCUUUCUGUUGCAUACGGCUUAACUAACACCUUUUGAAUCUACUGGCAUAUUUGGUAUUAAAUUUUUUCAUUCUGCGCUUGCUCUUGCUGCGCUGGUCGGAAAUGGAAUAAAACAGCGUAAUCGAA